AUGGACACCGAACCGAAGCCAGCGUGUGUUGUGCAGCAGGCUCAGUGCCCAGGAAUGAAGUGCCCUCCUUCAGAGGACUUUCCUCCUCAGAUAAGACUGUCUGAAAAGAUACCACCAGUGAAGCCUUGCUUCAAGAAGAAGCAGCAAGUGCAGAAGAGACUGGACACAGAAACUCUCCGGGCUUUGCGGCCAAUCUUCACCAGUUUGCUGGGAGCUGGGACCUUGGAUAGGGUCUUUGUGCCCCGAGGCCAAGGUGGCAGUCAUAGUGAUUUAUGUGAACCUGCUGUGAAAAAGACUCUGGACCUCGGUGCUUCUUGCCCCCAACCGGAAAGUAGCGUGACUGUGCUGAUGCCAACAGCUCCAGAUGUGCAGAGUCAGUUGCCAGUAGCUCAUCCUUCUUCCGGGCAUCCUGAGCAGGAUGUCCAACCAGGAGAGCAAGCCUUCUCGCCAGAAACUACUCCUGGAACUGCUGCUGAUAAUAGUAAUGAAUCAUUCCAGGAUCAUCCUUUGCACUCAACUGCUAGUGAUGGUGCAGCUUGUCCUUUGUUCCCAGACAAGAUUCUGGAAAGCUACACAUCUGGCUUAUUCCAAGAGAACAGCUGUCCGAUGCAAUACAAUUUGAACCCAAGCAAUAAAUUUAGUGCUGGGAUAUUCCAGGAUAAAAGUGAAGAAGCUUCUCUUGACCUGGUGUUUGAGCUCUUGAACCAGCUGCAAUAUCACACCCAUCAGGAAGACGGAAUAGAAAUCUGUGUGGAUUUUCUCCAGGGCACUUGUGUUUAUGGCAGUGAUUGUCCCAAACAUCACACAGUCUUGCCGUAUCAUUGGCAAGUGAGAAGGACAGCAACCCAGAGUUGGCAAAGCGUGACCAAUGAUGCCCAGGAGCAUCUGGAAAGACUCUACUGCAACCCUGACAAUGACAGGAUCAAAGUGAAGUAUCGGGGACAUGAGUUUUGGGUGGAUUUGAAUGUUAUGAAAUUAUAUGAAACUGUUGAGUUCGACCAAAUGCGGCGGCUGUCCACACCUUCCUGCCCCAGCUCCAGCUCCAACUACUACACUGUCUGGAAAUACUUCUGCAGGGACCACUUUGGCUGGAGAGAGUACUCUGAGCCAGUUGUAAGACUGAUAGAAGAAGCCAGCUGCCGGGGUCUGAAAGAGGUUCGGUUUGUCACCUGGCAUAAUCAGUAUAUCUUAAACAUCAAAGAUGGAUUCCAGCAAAAUGCGUGUUUCAGAAGAGAAAUCAAGAGGAGACCCCUCCUUCGCUCGUGCGUCGUGCUGAUGCCGUUUUUACAGACCUUAGGUGGUAAUUCUCCAGUACCCUCUCCUUCAGCUGAACCGGCUUCCUCACAUGUCUUAUCUCCAGCUGCUGUUACCUCUCCAAACUUCUAUCCUGAAACCUGGAUUAGUAUGGAUCCAUCUCAGGACUUCAUCCAAGUGCCUGUUCUGAAGGAAGAUAAAAGCUAUAGAACCAUUUAUAACCUGUUUCACAAGACUGUGCCAGAGACCAAAUAUAAAAUUUUGAAAAUUCUGAGAGUGCAGAAUCAGUUUCUUUGGGAGAAAUAUAAAAGGAAAAAGGAAUAUAUGUCAAAAAAGAUGACUGGGCUUGACAGGAUAAUGAACGAAAGGCAUUUGUUCCAUGGCACCUCCCAGGACGUGGUGGAUGGAAUCUGCAAGCACAACUUCGACCCGCGCGUCUGUGGGAAGCACGCCACCAUGUUUGGACAGGGCAGUUACUUUGCCAGAAAGGCGAGCUAUUCCCAUAACUUUUCCAAAAGGUCACCCAAAGGAGUUCAUUACAUGUUCCUGGCCAAAGUGCUGACAGGAAGGUACACGGUGGGUAACCACACCAUGAGGAGACCGCCACCGGUGAACCCCGGCAGCAUUACCAGCGACCUCUACGACUCCUGUGUGGACAAUUACUUUGAGCCUCAGAUUUUUGUCAUUUUUAAUGAUGAUCAGAGCUACCCUUAUUUUAUUAUCCAAUAUGAAGAACUUAGCCACACGGUCUCCAUUUGAAAACCUGUGCUGCUAAAUUAUUCAUUGUAAUAAACUCUCUCAUCUGGCAUUGAUAGCAGUUUUUGUGGGGAAAAAAAAAUGUGGACAUUGCAAAACUGAUUAAAUUACUUGCUUGGAAGGAACUAAAUCUCAAAAGAUAGAAAAGAUCUGAAGUGACCAAUUGUGCACUUGCUGUUUGAUUAUGUAUGUGCAAAUUGUAAAUAUUUUUCCAUUGUUUAUAGUUGAAAAUCUUUUGUUAUAAAACACUGUUUAUUUAUGUUAGUAAAUAUUCAUGUUUAAAA